AUGAAAUAUUUAUUUGUUUCACUUCUAAUUCUGAAAUGUAUAUCUUUUGACGAUGUCACACUCUUUGAAGUGAAUUUGAAUGAUUUGGUUAUCAAUUUACACUAAAAUGAAGCAAAAGGUUUGGUUUUACAAUAAGCAAGAAGUGCUAUUUUAGAAUCUAAAAAUAAUAGUCUAGGAUGCGAAAUUAUUCCCUUGCAUCUUAAAAUGGAGACACAGGAACUUCGUAUUAUUCAGGAUUUUAAUUUUCUUGAAUCUGAUUUAAACGAUGAACUUUAGUUUAGGCAGUUUAUAUCGAUGACUCACAUAAAUGAUGGCAUGAUAGCAAUAACCUCAGAUUUCAUAGUGUAUUUAUUGAAAUUCAAUUACAUUUUUAUAUCCAAACAUGAUUUUCGUGAAACAGGUUCAUAAUUCGCUAAAAUAGUGUGGAAGUUCAAUCUCACUCAAUUAACUAGUGCAAUUCAUUUAGAAUAAGAGUUUCCUAAAUUAUUGUAUGCUCCAUCAUCGAAUGUGGCAUUUUUAUUGUAGAAUGAUAGGGCACAAUUAUUUAGUUUGGCCCAAAUAGAAUCUCAAGGCAGCUCUUUAAAUGUGUAUGAGGUGCCUAGUUGGAAGAAAAGAGCUUAUAGAGGAUUUACAAAGGAGGUUGAUGGGUUGAUUUUCAGUGCAGUUGGUACAGAUGGGCUUGAUGUAUAUAAAAUAGUAGAGAAAGGAUUAAAAUUUAUAUCAAAUUUCAAGAUUUUUCACGAAUACUAAUAAGUUAAUAUAAUAGAUUUUUCAAUAAUAAAAUCGGAUAAAAUUAAGGGAAAAUAUUUUUUUUUUAUUUUGGAUAAGGAAAACGGGUUAUUUCUGGGUGAAAUAGAAUAGGAAGAGGAAGAAGUUAAAUAUGAAUUCAAUUUGUGGAUGGAUCAUUUAAUUGGAGGAAUAUCAGUAGAUACUAGGAAUGGUAAGAAUGUAUUUUUUGGUUAUUAUUAAUAAGGGUUGUAUUAUUUGAGAGAAUAUUACAUAAACUUAUAAAAUGGAUAUAAUUUUGUUAUCAGAACAAAGUAAAUCGAAUCAAGGAUCAUUGAUGUAGAUGCAACUGAUGAGUUUGUGAUAGUGCAAGGAUUAAAUUAGCAUACGAUUGUAUUUUCUAAUGAUUAUGAUUACUUGUCUACUAAUAAUAAGGAUUAGAUUUUCAAGCAUGUAGGACUAAGGGAUUUUGAAUUUUUCAAUCAAGUUUACAAAUUGGAAGGGUUAAAUGAUAUAACAAAGGAGUAUGAGAAUGAUGCUUUCUUUUUUGGGAUAACGUCUUAAACAGCCUUUUUGACCAGAUUCCGAGUGCAGCCAAUAUAGAUUCGUUGUUUGUACCAUCCACAAAACUCUAUUGUUGGAGAAUCAUAUUAAUAUAUUCUGUAGUAUAACAUGACACACAAAAACUUGACAGGAUUCGUAGUGAGAUACACAUAAAAUGUCACAGUUAAUAUCAUAGAGACAUAUCUGUAUGAGAAUGAUAUGGAGAUAGUAAAGAUUUCUUUAUUCGCGUUGAGUUUGUUGUUGUUAAUUAUAUUAGUAAAGACUUGUAGUUGGUUGGAUAGUAGGAAUAAAAUAAUAAAUAAGAUUAAUGAAGUAAUUGAAAAUAUGAAGAUGAAUAAGGGAUACAAGGAGGAUAAUGGGCCGUAAACAGGUAAAAUAGAUGAAACCUCUGUUUUCUAGAUUCAAAAUCAAUCAAUUAUACAAUAAUGA